UUCUGAAUUUCGGAUGCCUUCUUUCCCUCUCUACUGACCGACCCUCGCACUGCACAAGUCUGCUGCACGUCCCACUGAUUUUUAAAUGCUCUAAUGGCACUCAGCACAUCACCUCGCAAGGUGAUUCCCCUUGCCACUGGCGAUGAAGCAAGGUAUCGACAGGAAUCUGUUGGCCCCGGGCUAUCAACAAAGCGCGUAUUUUUCUGUGGAGUGGUCGUCGAAGGCUCAGAAAGCGGAAAGAGAUUGCCCGAAGAAAUACAAGAACUAGUCUUAUCGUUGGGGGACCUGCUCGAAACAAAUUCUAAUGCGAGCAUUUUAUCAUCGGAGGGAGACGGACAGGUAAAUGACUCGAACGGUAUGUCCCGGAAACGUGCGCUCACGGACUCGUCGGCUCUGUCUGCUGUUAUCAGCGAACUGGUUUCCACUGAGAAGUCUUAUGUUAGGCGCCUUCAGAUACUCAAGAAUGACUACGCCGACCCACUGCGGAACUUUGCAAAGAGCAAGAGUACUGCCAUCCUUCCUGCCUAUGAAGCCAAGACACUCUUUGGCAACAUCGAUAACCUUCUCCCCGUUAAUGAAGCCUUCCUUACGGACCUCGAGAAGAUGAUGGCACCGAAUGGGCCCAAAACUGUUGGCGGUGUCGGCGAUGUGGCACUCCGCCAUUUUAAGCAACUUAGAGGCUUUGAACAGUACAAGCAAUAUUACGUGAAAAGGGAAGAUGCACAGAUAAUAUUCGAGAGAGAGGUUUCAAGAAGAUCUUCACCCUUUGCGGCUUACAUUGACCGAAUAAAAUACCAGUCAGCCGACACGAAAAAUCGCGUCGGACUACGAGAACUUCUUAUGGACCCCGUCCAACGGAUACCUAGAUAUACGCUGAUGUUUCGCAUCAUGGUCAAGCAUAUGUCGCCUAGUGACCCGCAGCGAGCGAAACUCAUAGAAGCUGACGAGAUCGCGAGCAAGAUCGCUUUGGCUGAAACUGACGAACAAACAAAGCGCGCGUCGAUAUUCUAUUGUUUGAGCUCGAAUAUCCACGAAUUCCCACCUGAUUUGUUCUCUAACUCUCGCCGCUUUAUCGAUUGCAUAGAUGUCGAGGAUGUCAUUUCGGACGCGCCCGGCUCAUCAUCAGUAUCUGUUGCUAACUCAUCGGCAGUGUCCUUGCAUUGUUCUCUCAUUUUGUUCGAUGACAAAUUGCUAAUAGUCAAGCGGCCCGGUAACGGAGAGAAAGGAUGUCGUGUACUGGCAGGUUUAGAUGACUUGGAUAAGGUCACCAAAGCAAGUGGAAUGGGCAAUGGGAGAAGGAAGAAUGCUAUGACUUGUAAAGGCGUUGUUGAUAUUACUGAAGUUGCUGUGGCCGAUGUUGGAGGCGCUGAUUUUCAUUUAUACCUGGAAAGUCCUCCCCAAGAUCAAAGUGGCCGCUGGUCCAACCGUCCGCUUCGUUGUUUGUCUGUGGUACACCCACCAUCCUCUGUGAACUUUGAACCAUCAUCCACAGAAAAUGACAAGAUUCGCUUCUUAGAAAAUUUGUGGAACGCCCAAGCCAAGUACCGGGCUAAGGCCGGACAAUCUGUGGUACUUCGUUCCGAUGAGGUUGAGGUUGAUUCGAAGAGUUCGAAAUCCACGAUGGCCAGAACAUAUUACAACGUGUAUCAACGGAAAGCCUUCCUCCAAGAGUUAAAGAAGGCAAGCCUUCGACUGCUCUCCACGAAGAUUGUUGUUCAUAUCGACGCUCUUGGAUCUGCCGAUAAGCUUCCCUUCGGCAUCGGCGGUCCACCGUUUGCCGUCAUACGGUUACAACCUCUUGCUGGUGGUGUCUGUCGAUACAAGGUUACUUCAAGCGACCCUUCUGAUCAGGGAGAAGAGGACAUUGUUCAGACUGCGCGUGUUCCCAAUCGUAUAGUUCUUACGAUACACCAAUAUGGCCUGUUCGAAUUCCGCUCCGGGAGGAACUCACGGCCCUCGACACCUACUGCACGUUCUAAAGCGUCUAUCUUCGGCCUAGAUGCUAUCUCUCGUAAUCUCUUCAAUUCCCGACCAGCUUCGUCUGUUGGAGACUUUUUAGCAGGUUCAAUUAACAGCCAUAGACGUUCUAAAUCGGCCACCAGCCGUUCAUCGACAUACACCCACACUACGACGACAGGCGACGAUAGUAUAGGAAGAUUUUCACAGCGAUCCACCACGACGCUGGCCACUUCCGUAGAUGAAGAUUCCUUCCUUUCAAGAUCAUCUCCCAAGCGUUCUAUCAAGAGAGGAAUGUCUCCAGCUAGCUCUGUAGAGCGGGGUUCUAGCAGGAGCCUGUCAAGAGCUUCUUCAUCUCGGUCGACGUCGAGAGAAGGUGACUCUGAUUAUAGUGACCUUGAGGACGAAGACACCUCCUUGAUGGACAAUAUUCGUCACUUCGACGCCUCAGAGCGCAAUUUGGUGUUGCAGCUAAGACUGGCUAGAAAGAACAGCAAGAACCAGAAUGAGAGGCAGGCUGUGGUGCCUCUGAUUACACCCUCAGAAGGAGCUAUCUAUGAAGAAGAAUCGCCUCAUCCUGUACGACCACCCUCGCGUGCCUCAACUUCGAGAAGUUCAAAUGCAACCUCCAGAGAUUCCAACAGCCAAUGCACGGUGACAGGGUACAACACCGAAAAUCUUCGCCAGUCGCGAUCUCUUCAUGUUUCUGAAAGUCGCCCUAUGGGACCUAGAAGCCCAUCCCCGUUACCUCCUAAGAGCCGCCCUCCCUCUCCCACCUUAACUAGAGAAAUCGAUUCUGAGUCUGACUCGUCUCGUCCUUCGACUCCUGCCCGUUCCACGGGAAUUCCCCGUAGUAAGCGCCAACCAUUUUAUCCAACAGGAAACGCCGACGCAACUCCGAGACCGCAUAGUAGCCAAACCACUGUGGUUGAACCACUCUCCAUUAAGAAGAAGCCCCUCGCCCGUUCGGCUACUAAUGCUACAACGACAACGACAUACUCCACGCGCUCCGCGUAUACAGCGACGCGCUCGGCAACGCAGUCGGACUCUGGUCACUCAAGUCAUUCAGAUCAGUCAAGGCCCUCCACUAGCCCAAGUACAUCGUCAAACCACUCCAGCCACCCAAGAAACGAAACGAAUACGACACCUGUUGCACCGACACGCAAGACCCACGGAUCUCCAUUGUCUAGGUCUCAUGCACGGAGGACAUCCCCUAGACGAACCGCUACUCAAAUUCGUGCCUCAACACCUGCUAUGUCUGAUGGUCCGCAAGACGUCGACAUAGACGAGGUUCUUCAAAUAUCCUGUGUGACGAAGGAAGACCUCGAAUCCGCUCAUCGGGCGGUCAAGCGGAUCAAACUUGAAGUUGAGAAUCUGCGUUCUGCGAUGAUCAAACGCGAUGGAGAGACGAUCUCAAGGCCUUCAUCACCCGUGAAAGGGUUUUCUACACCUCAACGUCCUCCUGCAUUGACAAAGGCAGCCCAGGAACGUUUAAACGAGAUGCGUACGUUGAUAGGUCAACGCACUGGUGACAAUACACCGGUAAAUCGUGCUCGAAACCCUGUCUUCGAUACGCCUUUCCGCUCCGUCACUCCCGGAGCUGAUAAUAACCUUAAUUUCAAUACUUUGGAUUCGCUAAUAUCAGAUGCCGAGGGAAGUCUUUCCCGAGGAAUCUCCAACUAUGAAAACUUGAAGGCAUCCCUUGACAAGGUGCCUUCUAUACUAGCGGAGAAAACCAGGGAACUUGAAAAGUCCAAGGUUGAAGUGCAGAAUACGAGGCGGCAGUGUGAGGUUAUGAAGAGUUUGUUGGACGACGCUACAGCCGAAAGGGAGAUCCUCUACGAGGCUUUCAAUGAAGAGUUAGAUGGUAUGUUUAAUGAUGUCAACCUUCCUGAAGAAGAAGCUUGGAUAGCUAUGUCGAUCGAUCUACGGAAAACGAAGGAGGCCAGAAAUACCAUGUCAAAGGAGAAUUCGCAUCUCAAAAGACAAUUGGCUGAGGCAGAAUUGAAGCAAGAAGAAUGGGCGACCUUGUUGCGUAGUCACGGUCUUCUACCAUAACUUCUUUUUGACUUUGAGUUUUACAUGAGACAUAUGAGCCUAUUUACUUAGUUUUCUACCUGGUCCGGUGUUUGUAAUAUUAUUUCAUUACUGUUUAGGGUUAGGGCUAAUCGGGCCGGC